AUGGAAAAUAGUGCACAAAGGUCCUCUUGUCAGCUAACACAUACGUCUGAUGCUUUGCUUAACGGUACCAAUGCUAAGAUUCCUAAUAUCGGGAACCUUCGCAAGGAACUCGGCUACGGGACUCCCAAGAAUAAAACACAUCAACAAUUCUACAAGGACUUGGAUUUUUUUAGAGUAUUAUUUACAUCUACUUGUGACAUCUCUGGCCCGAGUUUCCUACAACGGAACAAUCCCUGCUAUCGUCAGGGUUUGUCCGAAACGGUAGCCAAGUUUCUAAAUAAUACAAAGGCACGACACUGGUCAGAUAAUUCAGCAUCUGACAAUCAUGGAAAAUUACGCCACCCCCAGGACGCCGAAGAGCAAGUUAAGCGGCCGUUUGUCGACCUUCCCUGGACGAACACUGCUGAUAGAGCACGUUCUAGGGCCCUCCAAGAAAAGAAACCCCAAACCUACAUUGGGCGCGGUCUUUCCGGGUCGAACGGCUCACAAAUCCCUGUUGGAUUCCCGCAGCAAAGUGUUGGCAAUCUUCAUGAGAAUCGUAGUCCUGAGGAUUCUCUUGAUGAUAACCUUUCCGAAAUGCUUCUUCAAGCGCGUCCAGCUAUCGAGAGUCACGAUGGACAUCGGGCGAAACGGUCUCGAUGGGAAGAGUUCAUCAAGAUGCAACCUUCUAGCGCCGCCACCACUUCGAGUUCCUCUUUGACCCAGCCCGCAUUGUAUCGACAAACUCGGACGGAAUCUGCCUCAGAUCUACCGCCGACCUCUCUCCAAAACGCGAGUGGGGUGCUUGAGCGCGAGCAUGCUCUUCCAAGUACUCCCACAGAACCUCAGGGUGUUAUUGCAAUUAACAACGAGAGGCAAAUUUCAGAUAUCGCCCAAACAGGUGUUUCGCGAAAUAUGGACUCAAGCAGUGACUGUGCAACAUCCGGGUCCGCCAGUAACAUUCACCCUAAGAAACUACGCCCACAUAAACGCACACCGCUACUGGCGAAACAGCAAGUCCUUCCGGAUAUCAGCUUCGCAUUCAGUAUAAACAUAUCGAAAUCAACAAAUAAGUCCAUAAAGCUAAAUAGACCGUUUCAAAAGAAGACACUAAGUAAACUCCUUAGCGAGUUCCCGUUGCCUGGCAACCCAAACGAUCUAAUGUUCGUCCUGAUAGUUAGCAAGAAAAAGUUCGAGAUGACAACGGGACGGCAUGAUGAGAAUACGUUUCAGAGAGUCAAGGAUCGGUUUAUGGGAAAGAUUGAAUCCGCCCGACAAGCUUGUACCAGAUCAUCCAAAUGUCUUGAUAUUGAGAUCGAGAUGGGUCCCCGACAUUUCAGUGAUGAGGACAAAGAGAGUGAUGACGAGCUCAUAGUCUUUUGA